AGGACACCAAGCAAGCUGAAUAUUUUUAAAAAAGAACUGGAACUACAGAAGUCUCAACUAGUAUAAAAUAUCACAGUGAUCAAAGAUGAUUUCCAAGCGAAUGAUGACAAGCAUGUUGGUCGUUUGUAUCGUAGUGGCUCUAGCAGAAGAAACCGAAGGGUUCCUGAGUUUCCUCAGCCCCAGUGAUUAUCAAAGGAAGCUUGAAAAUGACAGAAUCAGGACGGAGAAAAAAGUGCCUGUGAAUCUUCAAAAGAGGUCUAAAGAAAGUGGUUUACCAGAACCACUGGCCAUGGAGAACAUGAAGGAAUUAAUUAAGUUUUCUUUUCCUUUUGAAAUUCGUAUCACAAUGAAUCCACAAAAUGUUCAGAAAUAUGGGGAACUUCUUGGUGAGCUCUUGGCUGACAGCUUGUCUGAAAGCAUGAAUGAUCAAUGACAUCAACAAACCAGACUCAUCAGUUUGGUUUGUCAAUUCAGACAAAUGAAUCCCAAGAUUGGAUAUGGUGACAUAUAUGUACUUGGAUAAUAAAUUUCUUGGAAAUUUGGCUCAUAGAAUGAUAUAAAUCAUAUGUGAUGUAUCUAUACAUGAAUAAAUUGUGAAAGACUGAUGACUGAUAAUCAAUAAAGUUAGAACUAUGAUAUCUUUGUACUAUGUCAUUACUAUA